AUGGCCUUUACAUGUACCUAUACAAGCAAAGUCGGAGUUGCCUUCCCUCAGGUAGAGGGUGCAGACCUGGUGCAAGGGAAUACUUUUACGGAUCUCAACCGAGGCGAAACAACGUCACUCGUUCAAGCCAAGGGCGACACAUUUACAUUCACACCACCAGAACCUCAAGAGGAUCAAACAACUUUCUCGGCCUAUAACAAAACGGCGAAGAUGCGGUCACUUUCGCUCGGGUUCUCAACUCCCGAGGAGCCAUUUACACAUAGUCUCUUCUUCAAGGACGUUCCGGCCAACUACUGUAUUUCCCCCGACUUCCACCCCAUACUCCAGUGCUACUUUACUGCGGAAUACCAGGAAACGCAGAUACUCCCAAACAGAAUCUAUGGGCCGCUGAUCUGGCAGCAGAGUCUUGAAUCGCUACCGCAGGAUACAACGCUGCUCCUUAACCAGGAUCACGAGACUGGGGACUACAUUCUUGAGCCUCAGUAG